ACCGCCGUGAGGUUUACAGACUAUGCACCGAUGGUGUUUAGACGACUCAGGGAGAUGUUUCAAAUAGACAGGGCAGUGUAUAUACACUCCAUCGGCCCUGAACAAGUUAUCUCUAACCUGCUACUCGGAAGUUUAUCGUCCCUGUGUGAGUUGGUUUCGGAGGGAAAGAGCGGUGCUCUGUUUUAUUACACAGCAGAUGGGAGGUACAUCAUUAAAACGGUGUCUCGAUCGGCAGCUGCGGAGCUGCGCCGUUUGCUUCCAGCUUACUAUGAACACUUUGUCCAAAAUCCAGACAGCCUUUUAACGAGAUGUUUGGGGCUGCAUGCAAUUAAACAUGCUUAUCCAAGCAGACGCAAACUCAGCACUUUAGCAAACCAGGUACAGCAGAAGACUUAUUUUUUAGUAAUGGAGAAUUUAUUUCAUACACCGGUGCCUAUACACCGCAGAUAUGAUCUCAAAGGCUCCUCGUACAAACGAACCCUCGCUCCUGAAAUCCGGGUGGACCCAACGGUGGCUUUGAAAGAUAAUGAUCUCGAACGCGAAGGCGAAAAGAUCGAUAUUGGCCCCGAAAAGGCAGCGCGUUUGCUGAAACAGCUGCAGCAAGACGCUAACUUUUUGUGUGUGCACCGCCUUAUGGAUUACUCACUUCUUAUCGGCAUUUAUUACGCUAAUAAGAAUGCAGGUUAUGGGGGAGGGUUUAUGAUGCGGUUUGUGGGCGUGCAGCACAAGCCAAGCGAUGAACGCAGACAGCACAGUGCCCUUCUGGAGGCAGGAGUUAGGGGGUCUCGCUAG